UUUUAAACUACCUGUACACUUAUGUAUUGUUUUUCCAAUAUAUAAACCACUUAAAUGUUUUCUUGUCUUUUCAAACAGUGAGCAAUUACAGUACAGGGUUAAAAACAAGAACACUGAAUAGCAACACAGUCCUUGUCGGAACAUUCGUCACAGCUCGGUCGAUUCCGUAAAAGGGGAGAACCGGAUUCACCCGAGGAUUACCGAUUGAGUCCUUGUUGCUUGUAUGAUGACCAGAAAGAAAGGACUAUGGAAAACAACUCUUAUCUUUAUCAUUUGCAUUCUUUUUAUAUACAUGAUCAUACCUAGAAAUGACAAAUGUGUUACAACGGAAGAUACCAAAAACGAACAAAAUGUUGCAAAAAUCAUAAAACACUUUCAAGAGGGACAACUUAAUGCAAUCUCCGGAAACGGAAAUAGAAAUAAGUCUGACGUAUUGCAAAACUUGCCGGAUCUAUUUCUAGGGUAUGACAAAUUGUCAUUCAAAGAUUUGGAGAAUAAUUUCAUUCCUAAUCACGUUUAUUAUAUGUGGUGUUACAACCGAACAAUUGAAUUCAGACACUAUCUUUCCAUCCUAGCAAUAUGGAAAACAAUAAGACCAGACACUAUUACUCUCUUUACAAAAUACAACAUCAGUGACCGCAAUGAGCAUUACAACGUUUGGCUUACGGAACUGUUAGUAUCGAUUCCGUGUUUUAAGGUUCAGAAACUCCCAGCGUCGUCAAAGGGUGACGUAGAAGACUGUGGAAUGACGGUUGCGUUUGAUAUAUUAGAGCAUGAUGGCGGAAUGUACUUUUCUGAAGAUUUCUUUCCAUUAAAAUCAUUACAUUUUAUUCGUAAGAAUAAAUUUAAUGUUGGUAUGACAAAAAACCUGAAACAAUUAAGUUUUAUAUCCUCUUCUCGCCGAAAUGAGAGACUAAAAUCAUUUAUCAAGCUGUACAAAAACAACAUUAGCCAACCCUUAGUCACUGGUCUUCAUUUUUGUGACAUCCUUGAAAAUGCAAAUAAAACCGUUUUACAGAGCAAACUUUGUGUCCAUGUCAAAAAUGUAUUACCAGCGCACAUUAUGCAUGCAGAUUCUGAGUUUGGAAGGUCGGCACGUAAGAUUUUAUAUGGUAACUCAGAACAAGUUAAGGUGAAACCAUUACUACCAGGACUUAUACCAAACAUUUUCCACAUGGUAUGGUUCGGCCAUAAACCAAUGGACUUUACAAUGUAUCUGUGCUUGAGGAGUAUUUUGACGAUUGUAAAACCUGACAAGGUAUACAUUCAUGGCGAUGGACUAAUGUAUGGCGAAUAUUUACAAAAGUUAAAGAAGGAUCCGAGAGUGGUUUACAUACACAGAGAAACACCAACUCAUGUUUUUGGACACCAAAUUUUAUACACGCAGCAUAGAAGUGAUAUAAUAAGAGCAGACGUUUUGUUAAAAUAUGGCGGGAUUUAUAGUGACUGGGAUGUCUUAUGGUUGAAGCCAGUGAACGAUUUAAUUUCAAAACAGCACGACACAAUUCUAAACUUUGACCACAUGCCUCGACCAGGAUUUCCAGAUUCAAUUAAUUUAGGAGUGUUAAUGUCCAAACCUGGCUCACAUUAUAUCAAACACUGGCAAGACUCGCUCGUGAACUAUAGAUCACGUGACUUUUUCUUCAACGCCAUUGAACUCCCGUACAAAACAUUUGAAAAAUAUCCUGAAACUGUGUUCAUCGAACCUCAUUUACAGGUCAUGUGUUAUUAUCUAAAAUGUCAUCCGACUUUCCAUCCAGAAUAUAGAAAUUUCAAUGUUGACCAACCAUUUAACUGGACAAAAGAUGCCUAUUCAAUACAUUUCACAUACCCCGAUCCUCCGGAAUAUGCAAAUGAGACUGCGCUAAGACACGGUAAAGGAAUGUUUGCUGAUAUAGGCAAUUUUAUACUAGAUCAAUCAUUUGCGUAUGAUUAAAAAACACAAUACUUGAA